AGGUUAUUGACCGCAAAGUCCGUGAGCUGUCCGUGCGAUCCGAGCUGCUUCCAUUAGAAACCUCUGUCGCUGAUUUAAGGGCAGCGGGCUACAAGGCAAUCAUCAUAUCUGGUGGGCCUGGCAGUGUAUACGCCAAAGAUGCACCCAAGAUAUGUGAGGAGCUGAUGGAUUCCGGCAUCCCCGUGCUCGGCAUCUGCUACGGCAUGCAGCUCAUGAACGUCCACUUCGGUGGCACUGUGGAGCGAAAGACACAGCGCGAGGAUGGACAACACCCCAUCCAAUGCGAACUCACCAGUGACUUGUUCAAGGGCUUGGAGGCGCAGGAGCAAGUGCUCCUUACGCACGGAGAUUCCGUCGGCAAGGUUGCACCCGGCUUCAGGACCAUCGCAACCUCAGGCGAGAUUGUCGCUGCUAUCGAGAACAAAGACAAGAAGCUGUACGGUGUGCAGUUUCACCCCGAGGUGGAUCUGUCUGUGAACGGCAUGCAGAUAUUCAAGAACUUCUUGUUCGAAGUUGUGGGCUGUUCAGGGGGUUACACAGUCAGCAACCGCAAGGAUGCGUGUGUGGAAGAAAUCCAAGCGCUGACCGGAAAGGAGAAGAAGAUUCUUGUACUGGUGAGUGGAGGGGUUGACUCGACUGUGUGUGCCGCCCUUGUCAGCAGAGCGGUGGGGCCUGAACGGGUGAUUGCCCUGCACGUCGAUAACGGAUUCAUGCGCCACGAGGAGAGUAAGCUGGUGGAGCAAUCUCUUGCAAGCUUGGGGCUCAACCUACAGGUGGUUGACGCGUCAGAGACGUUCUACAACGCCACCACAACCAUCAAUAACGCAGAGACUGAUAAGCUCAAGUCCACCACGAAUCCCGAGGCCAAGAGGAAAAUCAUUGGAGACACAUUCAUGCACGUUGGAGAGGCUGCGAUUCGGUCAUUUAAACUAGACCCCGAGGAUGUGUACCUUGCACAAGGCACCCUGCGACCUGAUCUGAUCGAGAGCGCGUCCUCGAUGGUCAGCAACAAGGCCGAGGCCAUCAAAACACACCACAAUGAUACAGAGCUUGUGCGCGAACUACGACGAAGGGGACGAGUUAUUGAGCCUCUGCGAGACUACCACAAAGACGAAGUACGAGAGCUAGGCAAAGAGCUGGGUCUCUCUAGCAAGCUGGUACAUAGACAGCCAUUCCCAGGGCCCGGAAUAGCUAUCCGGGUGAUCUGCGCUGAUAAGCCCUAUGUCUGUGAAGACUUCCAAGAAACACAAACGCUGGUGAGUGAGAUUGCGAAAUACCCUCUGUGCAGUGCAGAGACCAAAGUGCGCGUCAAACAGACCCUGGGAGCCAUGACUGACGAAGCGUUGGUUGGGCAGGUGGGUCAAAUUUCGGCCACUCUCUUGCCCAUCCGCACGGUGGGUGUACAGGGCGACGGGCGAACGUACAGCUAUGUAUGCGCGCUUUCUACUGACAACCCCGUAGUCUCCUGGGCGGCCAUGUUCCUGCUGGCAAAGGUUAUCCCGCGUCUGUGCCAUCGUGUUAACCGUAUCGUCUACACCUUUGGAGGACUGGUUAAGGGUAGCAUAACCAACAUCACCCCCACGUGCCUGACUCCCGAUGUGCUCACACAGCUGAGGGCCGCUGACAAGAUUGUCAACGAGCUUCUGAUGGAACACAAUCUCGUGCGCACAUUAAGUCAGGUACCAGUCAUCUCGUUCCCAGUCGACUUUGAUUCGGAGACUAAAAACACGGCGGGCGCCACUACUACUGGCAGGUCAAUCGCCAUUCGCACCUUUAUCACUUCUGAUUUCAUGACGGUGAGUGUGGUUUUAC